AUGGCUGAAGAAGAACAUAACUUUGAAGUUGCCGAUGCCGGUUCCUCCUUAACUUACCCAAUGCAAUGUUCUGCUUUGAGAAAGAACGGUUUCGUUGUUAUCAAGGGUAGACCAUGUAAGAUUGUUGAUAUGUCUACUUCCAAAACCGGUAAGCAUGGUCACGCUAAAGUCCAUUUGGUUGCCUUGGAUAUCUUUACUAAUAAGAAAUUAGAAGAUUUAUCUCCAUCUACUCACAACAUGGAAGUUCCAUUUGUCAAAAGAACUGAAUACCAAUUGUUGGAUAUCGAUGACGAUUUCUUAUCUUUGAUGACCAUGGAAGGUGAAACCAAAGAUGAUGUUCGUGCCCCAGAAGGUGAAUUAGGUGAACAAUUGCAAGCUGCUUUCGAUGAAGGUAAGGACUUGAAUGUCACUAUCAUUAGUGCUAUGGACGAAGAAGCUUGUAUUUCUUUCAAGGAAGCUCCAAAAACUGAUUAA